AUGGGGAAUCUCCAGGGCAGCAACAGGAAGCCUGCGGCGCUGGACGACUACUCCACAACGUUGUCUGCUGCGCGUGAAGGGUGGGAGACGGCUGAGCGGGACGAGGCGUGCCGAUUUAUGUCUCUUGUGGCGCCCAUAACCGACGGGGUCGAGUUCCCCUACGACAACAAACCCGAGCACGGCUCCUUUGUGAACUUGCAAGGUCUCCACAUUCAUACAUACAUAUGGUAUCCUGCGAUAAAGAACCACAGCAGAGGCGACCCGACGCUGGCGGACGCCGCUGGCGGCGCCUCGGCUCUUCUGCGCAACGGGUCCGCAUCGCAUGCUCGGGCAGCCUCUCCUGCGAAGGCAGACAGGCCGGUGUCGCCGUUCUCCGGUCAAGACAAACUGCAGAGGGAGCAGCAGCGAGCCGCCAGCACCGCUGUGAGUUAUUUCGCGUCUCGCUCUGGCGCGACUGCAUGCGCCUUUCAGCGCGCCUUCUCGGCGAGCGGCGGCGCGUCGUUCACGAAAUCGGCGCCGAGUGCCUCGCCGGCCGGCCCGCCGCUGGAUCAGGUUUUGCUUGACAAGGCCGACGCUGCCUCGGCUUGCCGAGGCGUCGUCAUCCUGCUCCAUGGGUACUGCAAUCAUUCUCGCCUAGCCUGGCUCUCCAAGCAGUUGCCGCACGACCAUGCACGCAGGGACCCCACAGUCGUCGGCUACGGAAUCCAUUCGACUGCCUCCGCGCCUCGAUCGGCCUCCUCGAAAUUCUCAACGGGGGAGGCCCAGCAGCGUCGCACGCCCGCGACAGCGGGGCAUGGGGGCUCGGCUGUGUCAGGUGCAAACGCAUGCGCGGAAAACAAGCCUGGAAAGGGAAAGACAGCGGAGGAUGGGGCCUCUCGGCGAACUCAGGACGAGGUGGAUAGACGGGUGCCGUCGAAGUUGAGCAUCCAUGCUGAAGAAAGUGGAAACGGAGACGGCGACACAGGGCACCUGAGUGAGGCGCUCUCAGACCAGCACGCCUCUGCAGCGUGGCACAUCCACUAUCGAGGGAGCUGGGUGGAAGCACUGAACAAAGCAGGAUUCAUCGUCGCGGCCAUGGACUUCCAGGGCCACGGCUUUUCGCAAGGGUGGCAGGGGAAGCGGGCCAGUGUAAACCGUCUGGAUGACUUUGCACUCGAUGUCAUUCAGUUCACUGCCAUCGUGCGGCGCCGCUGCCAGUACCUCCGCGCGGUGUAUAGACACCACUGCAGCCAAGGAUGCGGAAGAGAGACGAACUCAGGGGACAGUCAUUCCGAAGGGGAUAAACGAGCAGAUGCCGAGACAGCAAAGGAAGCGGCGACUCCAGGUCACGAGACGAAGGCGACCGACGCCACACGGGAAGACCACGCCCACGAACGCGACAGGGGAGUCGAUGAGGACGGCAAUGUGCCGGUCUUCCUCGUAGGGCUUUCUCUGGGCGGAUGGGUCGCGGCAAGGACCGUUCAACUUCUUGGCGACGCUAAGGCUCUCGCCUCGCUCUCGUCGGUAUGUGACCUGAAUGCCCCCCUCCCUCCCCUCCCCGGCUUUUCGGGAAAGACGCCAGAAACGCGUGAUUCUUCGCCUUCUGUCGGUGCCUCUCGGCCGUCGCCCACUUUCGGCAGCGUGUCUGGCUGCGUUCUUCUUUCUCCCAUGCUCGACCUCUCCUUCGUUAAGGCUGCAUCGAAGUAUCAUAUCUACCGUCCUGUCCUCGGCCGCCUGGCGGAGUGGACGCCAAACAUGGUUGUUUCCCGGCCGCACCCGAAUUUGCAGUAUCCAUACUUGGAGGCCUACAUGCAGAGAGACAAAUACACGUACAAGGGCGGCUCGCGCGUCCGCAUGGUCAGAGAAAUGUUUGAGGGCACUGAAGCAAUUCUUCAGCCGGAGUGCCUCUCGCUAGUAUCGGAGACCACCUGCGGAGCCCUGCUCAUCAUCCAUAAUCUUUUGGACGACACCUGCGGUCUGGAGGGCAGUCUGCGGUUCUUUCACGGAGUCGACAGGGUCAGCGAUAAAAUCUUCUUGGCCGUAAACGCGCACGUGGCUGGCUCGCCCGCAGCCGGAAAGGCUCGGUGCCCUUCGAGGCUCGCAAACGACAGCCAGGGGCGAUCUGUAGGCAUAUACGAGGCGGAGGACGUGCUGCUGGCUACCCCGGCGGCCACGGCGCUUGAACAGGAAGCUGCGUUACUGCAUGCGCGCCAAGGGGCGGGCCAGGGGCAUGGCAGUGCUGAUGAGCGCGAGGCUGUACACGGCAGCGAGUGCCGUGGAGGCGGCGUGAGAGAAUGCGCCGAACAGCAAACCGAGAGGCAGCAGAACGGGGUACAUUAUCAAGAGAGUGAGUCUCCGAAGCCCCACUCGCAGGAACAGCCCCGAGAACUGGCAAGGGCGCCGAAAGACGGGUCGGGCGGGAAGGAGCCUCGAAGCGAGGAGGCGGAGAGCCAAGGCAGGGCGGGGGACUGCACCCACGAGCUGCAGAGGACGCUCCCUGAGGCAGUCACCUCGACUGAAGGCGAAGAACGCGAGGUUGAGAGACUUGACAAGGAACAACCGGCGGAAGUAGAAACGACGAGCCGACGAGGUAAAGAGAUCGAGGAGUGUGGAAGUGCUGAGGAGUGCCCUCAGCUGAAGACAGGGGACAGAGCCCCGGUGCCGGAGCGGAGCCCAGGCGAGAUGGGAGUCGACGCCCUGGGCGACGAAAAGCACGAGGAUAGGGAAACGACCGUGGACGGCGGAGAAGCCUCGCACGCGCAGCCGAGGAGGAGGGCUCUGCUCUCCUAUGACGAAGAGGGCUCGAGGGUGGCAACUGAAAGUGACCGCAGCCCCCGAGCGUGCCGCGUGAGCCAGUCGCUCGCCAUGUCAACGUCGGUGGACUCCCGUCCAUCCGCAGGCGACUCAAAAAACGAAGCAAGUGGCGCGUUUUCUCUGCAGGAGGUGGCGUGGCCAUUCCACUCUGCGUCUUCCGGUGUUCAAAGCGUUGCCACUGAACCCGAAGGGCCGCGCGUUCUACCGAAGAAUUUGUAUGUCGAGUGCAAUGUGGAAGCCUCACUACUGGAGAAAGUACGGGCAUACGCCGACCCGCAGCUCCAUGGCUUAGAUUUACAUCAUUCCCUUCCAUCCGAACCCGAUGGCGAAAUGAUCCUUCGUCGCGUCAUGCAGUGGCUCCUUCAGCAUGCGCCAGACGAGCUGCAUCGCGGACAGGAGGGCGCGCAGAACGAGCGACAGGGGUUGCUGCGCGGGGGCCACGAAACUGGAUGUGCGGCUGCGUCUCGAGCCCCAUGA